AUGGCCCAUAUCGAGCUCCUGCCCCUCCUCCCCGCACAACCCCACGAUCAAUACCAAACCGCCCAUCAUGUCGACCAUGCCCGCGUCCCACGGCCACAGCUACAAGACUUGUACGAGUACCAGUGCUCAUCACAAGAAGUACCACUAACACGACCAGAUGUCACUGGCCCCGUCGAUGCGAAAAAGGCCAUUGUCGUAAUCUACGACAUCUUUGGCUACUUUGAACAAACUCUUCAGGGAGCUGAUAUUCUCGCUUUCAGCGACGCUCAUCAGAAGUACAAGGUCUUUAUCCCUGACUGGUUCAAGGGCGGCCCAUGCCCCAUUGAGAUUUACCCACCAGACAAUGAUGAUAAGAAGAAGCAACUUGGCGAGUUCUUUGAGACCUACCCUCCUCCCAAGGUUGCUGGCCAAGUUCCCGACUAUGUCAAGGCUGUCAAGGAGCAGGACUCUUCCAUUGAGAAGUUUGGCAUUCUUGGUUACUGCUGGGGUGGCAAAGUCGUCGCUCUCAGUGUCAAGGCUGACUCCAACCCCUUCUCCAUUGCUGCCCAAAUCCACCCCGCCAUGGUCGAUGCCUCUGAUGCUGAGGGUCUCUCUGUCCCUACUAUGCUGCUCGCCUCCAUGGAAGAGCCCGAGGAAGAGGUCAAGAAGUUCGAGGACAACCUCAAGGUGGCCAAGCACGUUGAGACAUUCAAGGAUCAGAUCCAUGGCUGGAUGGCUGCCCGUGCCGAUCUUAAUGACUCCCGUGUUAAGGAGGAGUACGAGAGGGGUUACAAGACCGUUGUUGAGUUCUUUGGCAAGAACUUCUAA